AUGGCGGCAGGGGACGGCACCGAUUCGGAUGCCUCCUCCGCCUCCCGCAAGAGAAAAAAAGGUGGCCGCUCGGCUACGACGAAUGAGGUUGUGGAUAUGGUUGCAGCCAAGAAACGCCUCUUCAAAGUAGAAGCCGAGGUCAUGAAGGUGGGGGCCGCAGAGGCGGUGCUCGCCGCGGAUGGACCCGCACGGCCGCCAUCGCGGUCGAGCAUCCCUCUGCCGGAUGAGAUGGUGCUCGCGCGGGAAUACCGUGCGAUGUCUACGGCGGCGAUUAUAGCUCGUGUGAACGAGCACAUGGAGCAGGUCGAGAGGGUUGCUACUACGAGCAAAAACCAGAAUGGCCGCUUCGUUCGUGCUCUCCGCCUGGCAUCGCAGGAGACGCGGGUGGCUGAGGCAGAGCUGGCCACGCAAUCGGCCACGUCGGCAACGAAUCCGCUGGUGGCUGAGGCAGAGCUAGCCACGCGGUCGGCCACGUCGGCAACGAAGGUUCUUGAGGAGCAGAACCGUAUCCUACGAAAGAACCUGGAGGAGAUGGGAGAGGACCUGCGCCGCCUGCGUCAGGAGAUGCAGGCGCAGCGUUGUGAGGUUGCCACACCACCGGCGAAUUCGGCGCCCGCGCGUGCAUUGCCUCCCCGACCAGCAAGGGCGCCGCCCUCAGCGCCGUUGGCGGCGGUUACUACUCUAUGGGCGAACGCGCUGUCGUCGGAUCAGCUGCUGCAGCAAAUCACGCAGCAGAUCACGCAGCUGAUCGACCAGCGCUUCGCAGCGAUGCGUGCGGAGAUGCUGCCAUUGACGGCGCCACAGCGGCAGCGGAAGCCUCCGCAGCCGCAAAACGUGCCGCAACAGCCUGGUACCCCUACCGUCCCAACACCAACAUCGGGUGGGACUGGGGCCGUGAGAAAGAGGAGGCAGAAGCGAUUGACGGCCCCUCCUACAUCUAGUGAGUGGCUUACUCCAAGUCCGGCCGCUACUACAACACGGACACGCCAGAAGAUUGCUGCGGCGGCUGCUCCGCCGCCUGCGCAGCUUACGACCCCAACCGCGACUCCGACCAGGCUGUGGUCGACAGUGGUGUGGCGCAAAGAGAGGCGCAGACCGGCGGCCGCUGCGGUAUCGGAGUCGGCGCCUAAGGCGUCACGCUUAGCGCCAGUCCGUGGCAGUGCGAAUGCGCAGCGUGGGCCGGCCGGUGCGAAGACACUCCCUCUGCGCCCUCUGCGUACAGCAGCCGUGUAG